AUGGCUAAUGGCACACGCCUACCUCUCGACGCUUUAGACACGCUCUCGUCCAAUAACAUACGCAUCUCAGCCCAAGCAUACUUCGAUGCGGCUCGGGCCGCGAGCCUCCGUGCUCUUCAAACACCGCGACUGGACCAACAAGCGGCAGACAGCCAACGGCAGCGCGCCUGGAAAGAUCAGGGGAACGCGCAGCUCCUGAACAGGUUGGCUGAUACCAUGGACAGCUUGAAAGCUAGACACCAGCAACUGGAGCAGCACGAACAGCAAAACAUUAGGCUCAGAGUGCAGCACUCUGAGCUCAAGCAGCAGAACUCCGACAAGCAGCAGAGGAAUGCGGAGCUUGAGCGGCAGGUGAUGGCGUUGAAGCAGCAGGUCCAGGAUGUGGAGGCUCAAAGGAAACGAAUUACUGAGAGGGCCAAGAAUAAGUACCGAGAGAUGCAAAAUUCGCUCGAUGAGAAGAAGAUGCAACUGGAGGACCUUGAGCGGGCGUGGGUAAUGUACAUGGCGACAGUGGUGGGGACUAUCCCAGGGGUGCAUUCGUCUUCAGUUCUCUAG